UGAUACCGGUAAAACGCUACUGUUCCUUGUCUUUUUUGUUCACGUUCAUCUGUACUUUGAGACCCCUUAUCAAUGCCACCCAACGCAAGUGGAUGCACGCCUGGUGAACAACAACCGUUUGAAUGGCAGAGCCCCAAAGGCUACGUUGGAACGCGCUGCUUGUCGGAGGCGCGGCAGAUGUGCGUAGUCUCAAGAUAUCACGCGGUCGUAAAGCAAGUGGGAUUUCUGCUGCCUUGAUCAGUUGCAACUUCUGACGAACGGGACCCAGCAGCCGCAUCUACACUACUCGGCCGUCUCCUCUUGCUGCAGGCAUGGCGAAGAGUGCGGCAUUCCUGAAGCGGGACCCGCGGUUUGGGGUCGACUCCCGCUGGAGCUGGGUGACGGCGGGAUUCCUGAGCUGGGUGCUCUGCGGGGCACUGAUGGGCCAGCAGGCGGCGGGCGUCAUCUUCUACGGCAUCAUCGAAGCCUUCGGCGUCACCAGGCAGCAGGCUUCGUGGCCGCCCGUCGUCAGCGGCAGCCUCGUCGCCUUAGCAGCCCCUGGCAUGGGAUACCUCUGCAGGCGUUUCUCGUGCCGGGCCGUGCUGCUCGUCUGCCCGCUCGUCGCUAGCGUUUCCGCCUGCGCCUGCUAUUUCGCCAACGAUGUCCUGUUCCUCAUCAUUGCCUUCGGGAUCGUUCACGGUACGGCAGUAUCCGGCGUGUACGUCGCAGUAAAUGUGCUCGUGUCGCAGCACUUCGAGAAGAGGAGGACGACCGCUUGCAGCAUGAUAUUUCUGAUGAGCGGCUUAAACUUCAUCUACGUUCCGCCCCUCACGGAGCUGCUACGUUCCACAUACGGCCUGCGAGGUAUGUUCCUCCUUUUCGGUGGAAUCAUACUCAACGCCUGUCCUGCUGCCAUUGUCCUGCGAAGCCCCGCCUGGAUGAAGCGACUAGACGUGUCUUCCGCCAUCAAUUGCACUGAAUCCGCCAAGCACGAGACAACAGAAACUUCGAGCCAAUACCUGCACCAUCCACGCGCGCUGCAAAACGAAAACGUGAUUCGAGAAGAAAGAAGCGACAUGCUGCGAAACCAGUCCAACACCGGCCUUGCUAAAUCUCCAGUUGUUCGUAAUGGCAUAAAACACGUGCUCUUAGGUACUGCACACCGGGAAGCCACGAAGCCUGCACAAAGGGAGAAAGGGGACACCGAAGGCUUCGUUUCUACGUUAAAACCAUUCGUUACCGUUCCUUUCGCCGUAAAUGCCUUGUCGUUCUCUGUAGUGGUGUUCGGACUAACAACGUUUCUUCUCCUUCACGUGGACAUGGCCGUGGACAGAGGCGUCCCGCCUGCCCGUGCGGUGUUCCUCAUGAACGCCUUCGCGGCCGGCGACCUCGUCUUGAGGCCCAUGAGUGGCGCCAUCAUUGACUCGGGACUGCUGACCCUCGAUACGGUGAUGCUCCUCGGCUACGUGAUCCAAGGCUGCGCCUUUGAGCUGUUCGUCUGGUUUAGAAGCUUCCCACUGAUGCUGGCGUGUUCGGCACUGAUGGGAGUCAGCAACGGAAGUCGCAUCGCUCUGCAGGCGCCAUCUCUCAUGAGGGACUUCGGAGUGGAGUCGCUGCCCGUCUUGAUGGGCGGACUGGUGUUCUGCGAAGGCUUCGUGCAUUUCACGAGGCCAUUCUUGUUCGGUUACUACCGAGACUACCACGGGUCCUACAACGGAAUUUUUCACGUCGUGGCUGUCUUAAAUGCUGCACUAGUAUUCGUGUGGUUCGUGAAAGUUAUCAUGACAAGGCGGAAAACGCAACGGAAGUCAUCUAUCGUAUCGGGGCUUUAAUUUAAAGGGAAGAAAAACAUCGGCAAAUUUGCUAGUUGAGAGGUUGUCUGCGCAAAUAUUGGAAGCGCUCAGUAAGGAAGCGUGUGCACAUUGGCCGCGCGACUGCUUGCAACAUGCCCCGAAGAUUAGCCCGUUCCUAAGUUCUAGCCUAAAAGGCUCCAACCUUGCGACUGGUAUGGUCACAUCUAUAGAUUUAUGUAGAUUAUCUGCAACCUUGUACGGGUGCCUCUGACUCUAGUACUUUCCGUGCACGUCUCUACACCCCUCUCUCUCCCUUCUCUCUUUUCCCCUUCUCCCUUCCACCAGCGUAGGGUUGCCAACCGGACUACUGACUGGUUAACAUCCCUGCCUUCCUUAUAGCCCUUUCUCUCUCAAUGUAUCUGCAACAUUCGUGGCACACAAAGCCAGGAGAGCGUUAUUUUAAUACCUCAAGUCGACGGGUCUUGGCGACGAUUCGUAUACUCUGUGCGAACCUUCAAAUGUGCGCGAAACUGCUCUUUCUCUCUCUCUCCUGUCUCCUCUCAUUCCUAUACCAUUUUCCCCGGAGCACGGUAGCAAACCGGAAGUGCGCCUGGUUAGCCCCCCCCCCUCUCUCUCUCUAUCUCUCUCUCUCUCUCUCUCUCUUUCUCCCUUUUUUUUCUUUCUUUCUUUCUCUAUCCGCAGCCUUUUAUUUAUUUCUUUAGUAGAGUACACCGGUGUAAAGAAAAUUGUGAGAGACUAGAUUUGAGCGUCCCUUAGGGAAGGAAACUCGUGUGUGACUUUCUCAAUUUCCGCGCUCAGUUUUCUCACUUUCGUGCUCGCACGCGUUCCCUUUCCAAGCAGUGAUACCCCGCGGCAUUAGUUUGGCGUGUCGAGCCUAUGCACAACCAACGUGCCGGGGUCAUCAAGCCGGUUUGAUUUUUCCACUUGACGGAUGCGCGGCUUACAUCUCCUCGCAGAGCGCACCCUUCGUCAGUGCCUCCACGUCACACCUGGUGGACUUGUCGGCGUCUUCCUUUCUUCCUGCUUUCCUCUUCUUAUUCUUAACGAUUCCUCGGCUUUCCUUUUCUAUGUCUUUCCAAUAGCCCCUCCGAAGCUGGCUUUGUGCCACUUGAGGCAGCUCUCAUUCGUUCUCCAGCUCAUUUACGGCGAAGCUGUUUAUGUGGACCCUGUGCCGUCGUUGUCGGAGUUCGCUAAAACUAUCAUCAUCAGCAAUGGCUCGAGCGUCGUCGUCUUCUUCCACAGCUGACCCCGUUGCCGUUCGUCAUUCUAGCGUUGAAUUUCACUUCUCUUCUGUCGUCGUAAUGGGGAGGCCGAGUUUACAGGGGUAUGAGAUUUGUGUAUUUUAAGUGUCGCUACGGUGGAGCAAUUGCCGGCAGCUACUGCAAGGCUAAUCCCACCAGUAGCCUACAACAACUCAACAAUACGGGGGUACGAGCCAUUGCUUAAGGGGGUAUGAGCCAUUCAUUGUCUUAUGUGACGGACAGAUUUAAUUUUGAAGCACUUUAAUUUUGAAGAAUCGUAAGCGGGAAUGCCGGGUGGAGGCUGCUGAGCACGCCGUGAGACAAAUUUGAGACAUCGAACGCAAGCGACAGCGGCGGACUGCGGGCAUACCGUCAAUACACUGCAUCAAAACGGCAAGUUGGGCCAGUUGGUUGGGAUUCAUAAUGGUUCGUUACAGCGCAAUACAAAACAAAGACACAAGAAGGUAUAAACCUUCCAUAUACCUUAUUGUGUCCUUGUGUUGUAUUGCGCUGUAACGAACCACUAUGCAUGCCGUCAGUGACGUCGUUCUCCUCGUCGCAGUCGAACGUGUGUGUAACCUCAUUAAGAAACACAAAGGCGUCAUGAUCGCCAAACCAAUCCAGUCAAUAGUCAAAACGAUUUCAGCGCCCGCAUCUCCAGUGGUGAGCCUUGCACCCCAUAUACGGAGCUUUGUAUUAGUCGUUCCGCACAUGCCAUCCCAGCUAUAACUAUGGGAAGACCACUGGGCGGAGCAACUUACACGCGAAAAAAAAAGCACGGCAGAAUGCAAACACAAACCUCACGCGCAAAAAAAAAAAAAGAAGAACGGAGAGAACCACAGGAAAAAAAAGCGCUCCUAAAGCAUGUUCACCACGCGAAGCACACAAAAGCGAAAAUGAGGUGAAAGAAUGGUGAAACAAAAGAUUAACGAUAUAGACUGCUCGCGACGUUUCACUUGCAUGGUGCAACACUCGAUGUAACUAACACAGUUUCGCUGUUCGACCAUCUUCACGGACUGAAAGGCCGGUGAUUUUUUUUCUAGCGAAGCUUUCUUUCAUUCCCCCCUUACCCCAGCACAGAGCAGCUGGCUAGAGGAAUGUACCUCAGGUCAACCUCUCCGCAUUUCGUAUCAUUAAACCUCUGUCUCUCUCUCUCUAGCUCUCUCUCUCUCUUUCUUUGCCUCUUUGCCCCACUUUGCGCCUGCUGUCUUGCCGAGUAGACAGCAACUUGUGGCAUUGGCUGUGUCCCUAAAUAUACAACUUGGGUCAUUAUGUAUGUGCCCAUUCUGUAGGCCCAUCCCCACAGAACGGGCGUGAUCCACAGUGACACAAUGAGUAUCGAAGCCUAAUAUGUAUUCAGAUAUGUGUCGUGCUUCACUGUACGUACAUCUCUGAGCAACGUUCUUCCCUCGACAAGCCUCAUACAUCGCCUUCGUCCACCUGACACAGAGUGCUAACAGCUGCAGGCGACGAGAACGUUCGCAUGUCAUCCGCCACCGCCCUCAUCCGUACGCGUGUCAUCCCAAGAACUUGUUCUUGGGCUAGUUGAUGUCUGAGCCCACUAAACAUGUUUCCGGCGCAAAGCAUGGUAAUUGAAGGAAGGGGAACAGGUAAGAGAUAGAGGAGCGCCAAUUACCAACUGUUUAUUAACUAACGGUCAAAGGCACAAAACAAGGAAGACUUCUGAGCACGCGCAGUAGAGCGAUAUCGUGACGUCAGACGUGCGAUCACAAAAGACGUUUAUCAAAAAAGCACACUUCUAAGGUAUACAGAGUGAUGGAAGUUUCACUAAUACAAGCGGACCCUUUUCUUUGUAUAUAGAGAAUGAUUCUAGAAGUUACCUCGCCGCUUGAUCUCUUCUUUUGCCGAUAAUCUUAACUUGCGCAAAGCGCGGCACACAUGAGCAAGUUAUACAUGGCGCAGGAAGGUGCGCACCAUCCCAUUUUCCGAUGCUAUUAUCGUGCUCCCUCAGCCGGUCAUUAAUAGAACGUCCAUUUUGCCGCAGCCCAGCGGAAUUUCAUAUGCAACACCCUCGGCACAACGCCUGAAAGGUUUUGCGUGCCUAUUUUGGCACCCUCGCGACUGAACACGAGAGCUUCGCUCCUCUGUUUCUUACCUGCCACGCUUCUUUUCAUGUUCCGUGCUUUGCGCCAGAAACAUCUUUAGCAGGCGUGUAAUUCCUUUUUUCCUCUUCUUGGGUUUUCACACUUCCUCUGUCUUCUUUUCGUGCGCCCUUUCCAUCGCCUGCGCUACGCCUUGCUUCGAUCGGGCCCCUUUUAGGGGCACUUGCCAUCCAUUUUCAGGCUCUUUCGUUUGUGUCGUUCACUUCGAAUAAUAAUAAAGCGUGGUUCCAACCAGA